AUCUGAUCCUCCAUGAUACCUUCGUGUCCACUGGGUGGCGGUAAAGCAACUUAUUGGAUGCCAACCGCCAUUAAAACCAAAGAAGAAGAAGACGGAAGCAGUUAUUCCGAUGGUCAUGAAUGCAGCGCAUGUGACGCCUCAUGAGACACGGCAGCCAUGGCAACAGGUCCCAGCAGACAGACAGACAGACAGCUGACACAGCAACAAGUUGCUCAGCUCCUCUUCCUCAGUGUGUCGGUGUGUCGGUGUGACACCGAGCCGGUAGGUGAAGCUGUUUAAAGUCACUUAGUAACCGUGACGGAACCGGAAGUGUUAAUGAGCUCCAGUCCGACUCUCGUUAAAACGAACGAGCGUCACUGUUAAUUAGUUCACAACAAAGCUAACAUGCUAACUAAGCUGCUAGCCCGGGACUGUAACGCGUCCGUGUGUGACGUCAGCUUUAUUCUCAUGAUGUAAACAACAUUAAAGUUUCGCGGUGACGGAACUUUGCCGCCGUUUGAUCGGUAACUUCAGCCGCGUGCUCCAGCACCAUGUCCGGGGAGCGAGCGCCGGUACCGUCCGGGGGGAACGGCCUCCUCCGCGGGAGCCGCACCAGGUCUUACGGCAGUUUGGUCCGGUCUCCCCGCUCUCCGGUUCACCAGAGGCGGAUCGAACACAAGAUUCAGCCCGGAGAGACGCUCCAAGGCCUGGCGCUCAAAUACGGAGUGACGAUGGAGCAGAUCAAACGAGCCAAUAGGCUGUACACCAACGACUCCAUCUUCCUCAAGAAAUCCUUGUCGAUCCCCGUGCUGUCAGACCCGGAGCGCUGCAGUAACGGCGUGGAUUUAGAUGAAGAGGACAGUGAACACAACAGUGACGGCUUUGCUUCGGCUCCAAACGGACGCACAGGGAGCUCCUCUGACAGGAAGCAGAAUGACGACAAUGACAGGAUGUGUGACCUCACACCAGGGGACUUUCUGAAGAGGUUGGACGGGUUGAUAAGUCAGUCCAAGCAGGCUGCUGUCAGAGGCUGUCAGGAGGCAGAGAAAAGGGUUGCCGCCCUCGAAGCAGCCUGCACCAGCAGGACAUCAGACCGGCGGCCGCUCACAAGGUCACAGAGCGCCAUGUUAUCUUCCAGAGCGCAGCAGCAGCAGCAGCAGGCGUCACAUGUGGCCGUACCCCUCACCAUCACCAAACUCACCAAACUGAGAGACCGGGAAGAUGAGAUCUUCCAGCUGUGACAUGUUGUUCCUGCUGAUCAUUAAAGACGUGUCGGCUGCAGGGUGUGAACUCCAGAUCUCCACCGAUCCUCCUGCUGCUCUCUGGACCUGAAACUGAAAAGUCUUUUUGAUACAGACUUUGUUUUUUUUAGCAGGUUUUUAAAUGGAUAUUGCACUUUGUGAAUCCUUUGUAUUUAUGUGUUGACGCACUGAAGAUCAGGGGUGCUCAACUCCCUGUGUCUGGGGGCCACUUUUGUAAAAUGACAGGAGAUAAGGGGCCCCAUUGCUGCAGCAGCCCCGCACAGGUCAGGUGUCCGCAGGCGUGUUCCUGGUGUUUGAUGAUAUUCAGAGCUCAGCCUGGUCCUCUGUCAGCGGGGCGAGGAGGAUUCUCUCCUGCACAACCUCCAUUCUGAUGCUCUUUUUUUAAAAGAUUUUUUUGGGGCAUUUUGCCUUUAAUGGACAGGACAGGUAAGCGUGAAAGGGAGAGAGAGAGGGAGAGAGAGAGAGAGAGAGAGAGAGAGAGGGGAUGACAUGCAGCAAAGGGCCACAGACUGGAUUCGAACCCGGGCCGGUGUGGCAACAGCCUUGUUUAUGGGGCGCCUGCUCUACCACUAAGCCACCGAUGCCCCAUUCAUUCUGAUGCUCUUUAAGCACUCUGGCACCUUAUCUCCACCCAAAGUAUGAGACACACAGUCCCCAGUGUGAAUCAGUUUGCUUUCACUGUGAAUCAGAAAAAGGUCGGCGGGUCAGAGGCGCCUUGUCACGGGCCAGAUGUGGCCCACAGGCCGCAGGUUGAGCAUCACUGCUGUAGAGUAUGAAAUACUACAUGUGGCCCAUCGCUGUGUUUGUUUCCACCAACAGGAAACGAGCGUGAAAUGUUAAAAAGAGACUCUGCAGACACACGUUGGUUCAGUCAUGUGACUCCUCACAUGGUCGACUCAGCAGGUGGUUUGUGUGUGAUGCUACCUCACAGCCUGAUGGUGCGACGCUGGCCAAGUGUUGGGACUGACGCCUGCAGCCAUGUUGGUCACGUGUUGGUGUGUGAGUCAUGUUCACUGUGAUACUAACUAACUGUUACUGCUGAUUAAUUUAAACUCUAACAUAGCCAAAGUUUUUUAGAAGAAGAGAGACGUGUCUCUGAGAAAAUAUUUUGACAGCAAUAUUUUUAUUAUUAUGAUACAGAGGAAGAUUUGUCUCAGUGCUGUUUGUGUGGACACAUGGACGAUCUGUGUGUUACUGUGUCACCUGUACAUAUAAAACACCCAAAUGAUACAAAAAAGAUCUGUAAAUCAAAAAACUAUUCUGCAGAUGUAGAGCAGAUCUGCAAAUACAACAGGCCCCACACAUUUAAAAAAGAUACCUGUGAAUACACGUAAUUAAUUUAUAAAUACAUUUACAGCUGACAAACAUAUUUGUGAAUCUCAAUGCUAUGCUUGCAGAUUUUUUUAAAAAAAAAAUUAUUUUUAAAUUUGUGUAUUUGUAGAAUUUUUUUUAUAUUUGUAAAAUAUUUUUGUGAGUUUUUGUAUGUUUUUUUUUUUUUUUACGUAUAUUUAGUUUUAUAUUUACACACAGAUAUUGAUCUGUUUGCAAUAAUAUUGGCACAGAUCGAUCCACAUAUUUGUGUAUUUGCAGAUCAGUUUUAUAUUUGCAAUACUUUAUAGAGUUUAUAGUUUUUUGUAUCAUUAGAAAGUGUUUUGUAUUUACAGAUAACAAAUUAAUUAAUGAACAGAUUGUUUUUCUGUUUACAAAAAUAUUAACGACAUCUGUCUCCACAUUAUGAACCUUUGUUUUUAUUUAGGUCAUUUUAGAAUAAAUCAAAAGAUGCUGAUGUCAUGUUAAGUCUCAGGAAGUGUUGAUUCUCAUGAGUUCUUGAUAAUUAAAUGUAAACUCUGCAGGACUCUCAGUUUGGAAACACGCUCGACAGUGAAGGUCAGCCUCUCUCAUCUGGUGCUUCUCCUCCAUAUAUUUGCAUUUUGUUUCCCGCGCUGUGUCUCAGAAGCCUUCUGUUUACAGUCUGGCACCUGGUCGCUACCUUUCUCACAGCCCCAACAUCACCUGAGCAGUGUCGGGGUUCACAUGUCCCGAACACAGUGUAAGAGGAGCGAGGCAGAGGGCAGAGUCUCUGCAGAUGAACACACCGUCACACACUUUUACACUAGCGUGGAACUUCUUCAAUCCCUGCACCGAUCAAAGCAUUUUGACCAAAACAAAACUGGUUCACAGUUCAGAAAGUUGUUUCUAGGCUGGAACUUCAAAGCUGCAGGUUUUCUUUGACCUGAAGGUGCAGACUGUGAUGACAUCAGUGGGCACGUCUCUUCUACAGGUUAGAGAGAGAGGAUGGAGGAGAAUCAUCUCACUGAUCGUUGGUCCAUGCUGCUUCUUUUUGGAUAAAAAACUUAUUUUAAAUUUUCUGUUUUUAAUCACUGAAAGUUGAAUCACACAGUGACACACGACUGCUCAUGUUUUUAUGACGUUUUCUUUUGCAGAGCCAUUUUGAUGACAGUUGCCUCCCCAUGUGCACAAAGUUCCACCAAAACACCCUAAAGAACCAAAUAAUUUUCCCUAACCCUCCCUCAACCAUAAAUGAGUUAUUACAUUUUUAAAACUUAGCCUUUGAUGUUUGAAAGUUAAAAGUUGGAGUUGGAGAAAGUCUUGUUUUUCACUCUUGUUGUCCAAACAAUUUAUUUUUGGCCAAAUUCUAAAUGAGAUAUAGAAUAAAGUGAUUCUGAUGAAACAUCA